CAGUACCAUUCAUGACAUAAUUACAAAAUACCGCUAACAAUUUUCUUCUGAUGGUCUUGCCAGGCGUUCAGCGUCAUAGGCGGACAUGAUAACCUCUGCGCUACAGUGCGAUACCGAUUCCAAAACAACAAGUGGUCGACCGAAUAGUGAACAAGCUUUUGGAUUUGAAUGUUAUCGUUCCGUCAUCAUCGUUAUACGCAACUCGGAUCGUACUAGCGCCAUAGGCAAAUGGUGAGAACCAAUUAUUUGUGGAUUACCGGGCUUUAAAUGAGGUAACUGAGAAACAGCCAUUGCCAAUGCCAACUGUGGAUGGUGUGUUGCCGACACAUUCAUGUAAAAAGCAUUUUACAACUCUUGAUUUAAUGCCCGGGUAUUACCAGAUUGAAUUAGAUGAACGUUCGAAGAGGUACACUGCGUUCAUCAGUUACAGUGGUCAAUUUGAAUUUAAUCGAAUGCCGUUCGGGCUAAAGAACGCACCGUUUACGUUCCAAUUUUGGAAAUUAUCCGACGAUUGGGGUUAACUCUUCGGAUAUCGAAAUGUUUCUUUAUGACGGAUAGCGUAACGUUCUUGGGACUUGAAGUGGACAAAGAUGAUACACGAAAAGGCCGAUUGGUGAAUUUCCAACAUCGAUGAAUGAGGUUGGAAGAUUUUUGGGCCUUACUGGGUACUUUCGUAAGUUCAUCGAGAAUUAUGCCCACAUUGCAGCCCGACUGAUCAGAUUGACUAAGAAGGAUGUUUCAUUCGAUUGCUUAGACGAAUGUGUGAUUCUAGCAAUAACCAGUGAAACAGUUCUAGCUAUUUAUGAUGCCAACGAAGACCCAGAACUGCUCACAGAUGCGACUAGCAUAGGACUUGCCGCAAUUCUCAUCCGCAUUGAAGAUGACGGGUCGAUAAGACAAAUUGCUUACUUUAGUCGAAUGUGCAGCGAUUCGGAGAGGAAAUACAAUGCAUAUGAAUUGGAGGUUCUUGCGCUAGUGAAAGCGUAUUAUCGAUUCAGAAGUAUGAAAACCAUGACACCGAUGGUUCCGCGUGUGUCGCGUUGAUUGCUAAAGAUGCUCGAAUAUGAUUUUAACUUUUGCCAUCGUCCGGGAAAGCUCAUGACGCAUGUCGACGCGAUGAGCAUGAGUAACGGAAAAGCAUGAGUGUAGUCCCGUGGAAGAAGAAGCAGACCCAGAAGAUGUAACAGCGAAGCUGAUGUAGAUAGACAUCACGACAGAUGACGGGAGCACUGGGGACUCUAGGAAAAUUGAUGCAAAGUACAGAGGCUCAUACAUCGUCAAGAAGUUUCGAGGUUCGAGUGGUACGUCAUUGAAGACAUCGAGGGACAUUGCGAAAUCAACGUAAAUUCAGCACUGUGACCAGUAGUGACAGAAGGAAGCCAUGAUGUGCCUUGCCAGAGGUUGACGAAGUGUAACAAAAAGAUGGUCAUCAAGAGAACAAUUGCGAAGAGCCCUUGUAGCUCGAGGACAAGUUAUCGUCAGGUUGGCCGAGCUGUCAUCCGUUGUUUUCGGAUAGUAGCUGCCCUUAUGAAUUACACAGGACUGCAGCUCUGGACUCUGUCAAAUCCGACGAAUAAGUGCAGCAUGGAGUCGUGUUUUGGUCAUUAACGGAAAAGCAUCUCAACAGAGCUUCUUUUGCAUUAAAUUUGCUAUCUUGUCAUCAAGCUGAUAUACAAAGUCGGCGUUUUGUGUACGUGUACAGGAAAUACGACGAAUAGAUUUCCAACCCUUAAUCUGCUGCAUAUGUCUACUAGAAAUGAACGUCAGGAUGCACUUAUGAGAACUAGAACGUGUCCACUUCAAUUAGCAAUGUCGGGCGAACAAAAAAAUAUCAAAGUUGUUGUGAGAGUAAGACCUUACAACCGGAGAGAAAUGGAACAAAAUCAAAGAAGCAUAAUUAAAGUGCUUGACAACAACACAUUACUUUUCGAUCCUGAUGAGGAGGACGACGAUUUUUUCUUCCAGGGUACAAAAGUAAACCACCGCGAUAUAACGAAGAGAGUUAACAAAAAGUUGUCUAUGAAGUACGAUCGUGUCUACGAUACGGAUACAACGAAUGUACAAAUAUUUGAUGAAUGUACAGCACCGCUGGUAGACUCUGUGUUAAAUGGGUACAACUGUUCAGUUUUUGUUUAUGGUGCUACAGGAGCGGGAAAAACUUUCACUAUGUUGGGUAGUGAUGCAAUACCUGGACUAACUUUUCUUACAAUGCGCUAUCUUUUUGAAAAAAUUGAAGCUCAGAGCGAUAUACGAAAAUUUGAUGUAGGUGUGAGUUACUUAGAGGUAUACAAUGAGCAAGUCAUGAAUUUAUUGACGAAAACUGGACCCCUGAAACUGCGAGAAGAUUCAAAUGGAGUAGUUGUUAGCGGUUUAGUUCUUAAGCCUAUAUAUAGCGCGGAGGAAUUAUUGAGUCUUUUAGCUCUUGGAAAUUCCCAUCGUACACAACAUCCAACAGAUGCCAAUGCUGAAAGUUCGCGGUCGCACGCAGUAUUUCAGGUUCAUAUAAGAAUGACGGAUCGUAAGACAGACACAAAACGAAUGGUCAAGCUGUCAAUGAUUGAUUUAGCCGGCAGCGAAAGAGCUGCUAGUACUAAAGGCAUUGGUGUUCGUUUUAAAGAGGGCGCAAGUAUAAAUAAAAGUCUUUUAGCUUUGGGUAAUUGCAUCAACAAAUUGGCUGAUGGUUUGAAGCACAUUCCCUAUAGAGACUCGAAUCUCACACGAAUUCUCAAAGACUCCCUUGGUGGUAAUUGCCAAACAUUAAUGGUGGCAAAUGUUUCAAUGAGCUCGUUAACCUACGAAGAUACCUACAAUACAUUAAAGUAUGCGAGUCGGGCAAAAAAAAUCCGAACAACGCUACGAAAAAAUGCUUUAAAGACAAAUAUGCCAAAAGAAUUUUUCGUGAAAAAAGUCAACGAACUUAUGGAUGAAAAUGAUCGCCUCAAAAAAGACAUGGCUGUUCUUGAAACAAAAAUAAAUAAGGCAUCAAUGUAUGACGAUAGUGAGCUGAAACCAUGGUUCAAAAAGAUCGACAACUUGUUUUCAACAAUAUUGAAUAUUCAGGAUCAGUAUAUAACAUUGAAAAGCCGACUGAAGAAUCUCACUUUUCGAUCGCAAAUAAAGAGGGAUAUGGAAGACUUUAAAAAAAUGUUAACCAUAGAAAGUAUAUCACAAGAGAACUUGGACAACUCAAUAUCCAUCUGCCACCUAAGUAAGGAAAUUGACAAAUUGGAAAAGGAAAUACCGUGCUGGCGUCAAAAACUUCAUAGUUCCUAUAAAGAGUUGGAAAAAUUGAAGCAUGAAAUAAAAUUUUCAAAAUUAGUAAACAUAUUACAAAUUUACUUGAGAGGAAAAAAUUUAGAAGUACAAAAUUCUAAGCAAUCGUUGAUAAACAAGCAUGUAACAAAUAUAGAUAAAGAGGUGGUAUUAAAUUCGCAGUGGCUACACCGAGCGUUCACUUUAGCUAGUGAAGUUAUUAAAAACGGUAGCCUUAAUACAGAACAAAGAUAUCAUUAUGACCAACUCCACCGACACUUAUUCGGAACAACGCUUAAUUUGAAACAUAGUAGUUUGAAUGUUGGCGAAUCACGAAUAAACGGGAUUCACGCAGCGUCCAGCGAUGAUGAUGGUGAGACAAUAUAUACAGCUGAUGCUACACUAGGACGGGGACAAUGCAGUAAGCGCUUACGUUUGGAAGACUAUGAUUUAGAUGAUUUAGAUGACAUGGCUGAUAGUUCGGAUUGUGAUGACGAGGAAGUUUUAAGUGGAGGCGAUAAACAACAAGCAAAUAAGCUAACUGCAUUUAAAAUGCCAGCCAAGAAGCCUAAGACAAAUUUGAAUGAAACGCAUGUCGUGUCUAUGGAUGCAAAUAUGAAUACAACGUAUUAUAUGGGCCCUUCAUCCUCGAAAAAGAAUGUUAACUGCGGCAAAAUUUUAACAUCCAAUAAAAACCAUCUCGUAUCAAAUGUUUUGUCUGAACAAAUCGUUAAAGGGCCUUCUAAUGCGGAUCAAUUAAAAAAUGUUCUCCUUAAAUCAAAGAAAUUUACGCAUAAUAAUCUCCUAAGGACAGUUGCAGCUGGAGUACAAAAAGAAAAUAUUAAGAAAUGUAGUCCAAGCAGAGUGAGAAAAAGCCCUCAUACUGUGGUAACAAAAGUUCUCAGCACAGCCACAUCAAGUAUAAUAAAACAGCGAACAUCAGCUCGAACCAAUGCCGGCACAUCGACGGACGGGCCACCUAUUGUUCGAAUCAACAGAGCCGCUUCAUUCCGAGUAAAGAAAUAAUUUUCGAAUAAAUAGUAGCUUCGUUUAUAGAGCAUUAAACUUUGUAAAACCUAACAGCCUUAUUCACAAACAGUUCUUAUUAUGGGCUUAAAAUCUAUUUUAACUAUUAUACACUUUUUGCUUAAUAAACUGAUUUUAAAAUUGUGUAUUCACAAACACAUAAUAACAGUCAAAUAACUAUGAAA